GUACUUCACCUUUCUAAUGCAAUGGGUAUAGAAGAAUUUCUUUUUGUACCAAAAGAAAAUAUUGUUUAUGAAGAUUUGAAAGAUAAUGAAAUUAUUAUAGAACUUGUUGAUAUUUUUAAAAAGUCAGAAGAAAAUAUUGAAGAUGUUGAAGAAUUAGAUGACAGUAUUGAACCAGUUAUUAUUGAUAUUAGUGUAGCAUUAAAAAGUAUAGAAAAUGUACAAAUGUUUUUAUUUCAACAAGAAAAUUCAGAAAAGUGUAUUAAAUUAGCAAAUACAUUUGAAAAAUUUAUAAAAAUAAAAAAAUCAAUAUGUCAACAAUCUAGUUUAGAUGAAUUUUUUUCAAAUUAA